UUUCCUUGGCCAGAAGCGGAAGGAACCCCAUCAGACCGGCAUGGCUGCGGGGUGGCUGGGCUUCCUGCUCCUAUGCGGCCUGGUUGCCUUCGGCGCUUUGGCGCCGGCGAACACAGAGAAGGAUGCCUCGAGGAAGGAACAAAUUGUUGACUCAGGCACUCCCAUUAACAAUCUAGUUUCUGGACGCUCCCAAGGCAAAGAGUCUCCUCCACAGCCUCCUCCCGAUAAGUCAAAACCUGUUGAUUCCAAGCAACCUCCCCAACAGCAAGAGGCCCCUGGAAACUCCCAAGGCGAAGGGUCUCCUCCACAGCCUCCUCCCGAUAAGCUAAAACCUGUUGAUUACAAGCAACCUCCCCAACAGCAAGAGGCCCCUGGAAACUCCCAAGGCGAAGGGUCUCCUCCACAGCCUCCUCCCGAUAAGCUAAAACCUGUUGAUUCCAAGCAACCUCCCCAACAGCAAGAGGCCCCUGGAAACUCCCAAGGCGAAGGGUCUCCUCCACAGUCUCCUCCCGCUAAGCUAAAACCUGUUGAUUCCAAGCAACCUCCCCAACAGCAAGAGGCCCCUGGAAACUCCCAAGGCGAAGGGUCUCCUCCACAGCCUCCUCCCGAUAAGCUAAAACCUGUUGAUUCCAAGCAACCUCCCCAACAGCAAGAGGCCCCUGGAAACUCCCAAGGCGAAGAGUCUCCUCCACAGCCUCCUCCCGAUAAGCUAAAACCUGUUGAUUCCAAGCAACCUCCCCAACAGCAAGAGGCCCCUGGAAACUCCCAAGGCGAAGAGUCUCCUCCACAGCCUCCUCCCGAUAAGCUAAAACCUGUUGAUUCCAAGCAACCUCCCCAACAGCAAGAGGCCCCUGGAAACUUCCAAGGCGAAGAGUCUCCUCCACAGCCUCCUCCCGAUAAGCUAAAACCUGUUGAUUCCAAGCAACCUCCCCAACAGCAAGAGGCCCCUGGAAACUUUCAAGAUAAUCAGUCUGAAGAAGAUCAAGAGGAUGACAACGAAGGUGGAGAGGGAGAGGGCAUUCUUGAAGACCCCCAACCUAAGCAUGAUACGGGGAACUCCCGGGCUAGUCCACCGCCCAAGAAUGGACCUGAAAACAGCCACUUCUUUGCCUAUUUGGUGACCACAGCCAUUGUUGUUGCUGCCUUAUAUAUUGCUUACCACAAUAAACGAAAGAUUAUUGCCUUUGCUCUCGAAGGGAAAAAAUCGAAGUUAACCCGAAGACCCAAAUCCAGUGACUAUCAGCUACUGGAACCAAAGAUCUAAAGUAAACCCAGAAAUUCUUACAUGAUGCUGUGUUGAAUAAAAAAAAAAAACCUUGUUCCCAGUAUGGGCACACACAAAACAUGGAAGAAGUCUUGCCUUCCGUCAUGAAUGAGUACAACUCCGAAGCCUAUCAGCUCUGCUGCUGUGCCCCGGGGGAGGGAGGAGCAAGAAGUGUUUUUUCUUGUGCACGUGCACUUUGGAAAUGAUUAUGCCUCAGUCUUUCUAUCCAAUGUUUGUACACCUUUUGGCUACUUGAAGUUGAACUGUUUCCCCCCCCCCCUCCCAUACUGCAACAGAAGAACCCAAAGGGGAUAGUGUGUGUGUGUACAUCUCCCCAAACGAUGUGGUAUAUGAUUCUUUCUACUGUGUCAAAGGGCUGGAUUUAGGAGGCACUGUGCCUGUCGAAUGCAGAGCUUGGCUUCCUUGCCUCCUAGCUUCCUGGCAUUUUCAUAAUACUUGACCUGGUGAGUUUGUAGUUGACUUUGAUGAAGGUUGUCGACUGCUGUCCAUGGUAGUAAACCAGAAGUUCCCUUUGUGCUCCAUUGCAGUAGUUGAGGCAUGUUUUGCCACACAGACCAUUUGGACACCUUCUGUUUGUAGAUGGCAAUUUUGAGAAAUAAUUAUUCAACGUUGCAACAACAAAACUGCUAGAGAUGUCAGAUUACGUGAAAAGGCAGGAUCAUCAUGCUCAUCUUGUGACUUCCUAAUUCUUGAUAGAUUUGGUAUAUUUCUGAUUCACUAGAGACUAUAACGUCAAAUGAUCAGAAGGCUGCUGGUGUAAAAGACUUUGUGUUGGGGGUGUUUGAAUCCCUUUCCUCCCCUCACUCUGUGCCAAACUCCUUAGAGAAGAAUCUUAAUUGAUUUGUAAAUCGAUAGUGCCAUAUCCCCAUUCCAAAAUGUCACAGAAGGAUGGCGGUUGUGUCCGGGGCUGUUCCAAUCCACCUAAGGCCACAAAUAAUUUAAAGAUUAUAUACCCUUGGCCGAUCAUUUUCAAGGAAAAUAAAAUGUAAAUAUUUGCUAUUUGGUGUCACAAAUGCACUGUCUUAGCACUUAAGAGACCCUUACUUCUAAAAACCCAAUAAUUUAAUUGCUUGUUACAUAGGUCUAAAAUUGUUUAUUCACUUCAGAAACCUAAUUUGAGGCACUGCUUCUUAAUUGUGAAGGAUACUUGUGUAAAAUAGAUCACCAAUGCACCACUGAAAAUGGUAGUUCUCGUGUGUGUGUGUGUGUGUGUGUGUGUAAUUGUAUAGAAGUGCUGUUUUCUUUCCUAAAUCUGAAUUUCUGGUAAUUCCACAGAGCAGGUUGUAAUGCACAACAGCCUGUUCUACAUAAUGUGAGUUUAGGUUUGGUGGCUUUCACCACACUGCAAGUGUUCUUUUAGGCUGGUUUUAUUUUUAUUCACCAUGAGGAAGUGGAAAUGAAAUGUGAAUGAGAAAGUAAUUUUGAUGUUUGCCUGAG